UUCUUUAAUGAAAAUAUUUUCUCUUGUCAGAAUUAAAAUGCUUUCUAUGGUGACUUCUGCUUUGGAUGCCAGGACUCUUUUGAGGACCUCGUUUGUUGUAUGGUUUAAAGGAAGAUGAUGUUGUUAGUGAAUUCUGAGCAUCCUUCAGGAGGCUGAUGACCCCUGUGUCGUUGGUGUGUCAUGGACAACUUCAAAUGCUCUUUUUCAAAACACCACAGGCAGUUAAUGCAACUUAUAAAGGACUCCUGACUUUUUGCAUCUUCCUAAGUCCUAUCUAGAUGUCACCAGUGUUUCCCAUGUUAACAGUUCUGAGCAUGUUUUACUACAUGUGCCUUCGGCGCCGAGCUAGGACAGCGACGAGAGGGGAAAUGAACAGUCGGAGGGCUAUUGAAUCGAACACCCGAGCCUUACCUAUCAAUGUUGAAAUAGUUCAGUAUGCCAAAGAAGUGUUGGAUUUCAGCUCUCACUAUGGCAGUGAAAACAGCAUGUCGUAUACCAUGUGGAAUUUAGCGGGUAUUCCCAAUGUGUACCCUAGUUCUGGUGACUUUACCCAGACUGCUGUCUUCCGAACUUACGGGACCUGGUGGGAUCGUUGCCCAAGUGCUCGGCUGCCUUUCACGAGGACACCAUCCACUUUCUGUAGCCAAGACUAUGUGGAACUUGCUUUUGAAGAACCAGUUUAUCCCACUGCAGUGCACAUUCUGGAAACCUAUCAUCCUGGAGCUGUAGUCAGGAUUUUGGCAUGCUCUGCAAAUCCUUACUCACAAAAUCCACCAGCUGAAGUAAGGUGGGAAAUUCUUUGGUCUGAGGCACCUACGAAGGUGAAUGGUCCUCAGGCACGGCAGUUUACACCCUGUAUAAAACAGAUAAACUUUCCCACAAACUUAAUCCGACUGGAAGUGAACAGCUCUCUUCUGGACUAUUACACUGAAUUGGAUGCAGUAGUACUGCAUGGUGUGAAAGAGAGGCCUGUGCUUUCACUUAAAACUCCAAUGAUUGAUAUGAAUGACAUAGAUGAAGAUGAGGAUGAAGAAAAAUUUGCCUGUGGAAUGGACACCCUUAAUAAACAGUUCAGCAUUGUUACCCUCAGGGAAUGGCCAACUAAUGGAUAUUUUGAUAAGCUGCCUUAUGAGCUCAUCCAGUUGAUUUUGAGUCACCUUACAGUACCAGACCUAUGUAGACUAGCACAAACUUGUAAGCUACUGUAUCAACAUUGCUGUGAUCCUCUACAGUACAUUCAUCUCAGUUUACAACCUUACUGGGCGAGGAUUAAUGACACAUCCCUGGAGUACCUACAGUCUCGCUGCACUCUCAUCCAGUGGCUGAAUUUAUCUUGGACUGGAAACAGGGGAGCCAUCUCUGUUUCUGGAUUUAGCAGGUUCCUGAAAGUCUGUGGCUCUGAACUAGUACGUCUUGAGUUGUCUUGUGGCCAUUUCCUCAAUGAAACAUGCUUGGAGGUCAUCACUGAAAUGUGUCCAAAUCUUCAGGAAUUAAAUCUCUCAUCCUGUGAUAAAAUACCACCUCAGGCUUUCAACCACAUAGCCAAAGUGGGCAGCCUAAAGCGUCUUAUUCUCUACAGAACAAAAGUGGAGCAAACAGCCCUGCUCAGUAUUUUGAACUUCUGCUCGGAGCUGCAGCACCUCAGCCUGGGCAGCUGUGUCAUGAUUGAAGACUAUGACCUUAUAGCAAGCAUGAUGGGAGCAAAAUGCAAAAAGCUUCGCAGUCUGGAUUUGUGGAGAUGUAAAAACAUAACUGAAAGCGGGAUCGCGGAAUUGGCUUCAGGCUGCCAGCUUUUGGAAGAGCUUGAUCUUGGUUGGUGUCCUACGCUCCAGAGCAGUACGGGCUGCUUCACAAACCUUGCGCGCAAACUCCCGAAUUUGCAGAAGCUCUUCCUUACGGCCAACAGGUCUGUGUGUGACACGGACAUCGAGGAGCUCGCUGCCAACUGCACACACUUACGGCAGCUGGAUAUAUUGGGAACAAGGAUGGUGAGCCCUGCAUCUUUAAGAAAAUUGCUGGAGUCUUGUAAAGAUCUUUCUUUACUCGAUGUGUCCUUCUGUUCACAGAUCGAUAAUAGAGUUGUGCUAGAACUGAAUGCCAACUUUCCUAAUGUGUUCAUAAAAAAGAGUUUCACCCAGUGACUCUCUACAUAUGCUGCUGUGGAACUCGUUUGACAGAGUUGUUUUCCUGUAAAUUUGUGCUGAUUUUUUUAAGGAGAAUUUAAAUCUGCUAUAAAAUAGUGGAAACUAGUAAUUAUCUACAAAAAUGGGUAAAAUACAUUUAAAUGUAUUAUGUUAAAGUUGAUAUUGUACCUAAGAAUUAUUUUACUCUGUUAAUUGGUGGUACUGCAUGUUUUUUAAGUACUAGCCAUAUGUCUGGCUUUAAUGAGAAGCAAAUGAAUGUCUUCUUAAAUGUCCCUUCACAGGGUGUUAUACACAACACGCUAUGUUAAUAUCCAGGUGAAAGCAGAAGUUCAAUAUUUAUCAGUUAGGAAAAUAUGGGUGCUUCCUUUUCAUGUGUUUGUGUGUGUAUAUAUAAAUGUAUACAUAUGUGUUUGUAUAUACAUACACAGAUAUUGUAGCAUUCUAGUUUGGUGCAGCAUAAGAUUUUAUGAUCAGCCCUAUAAUUAGUUAUUUGAAAACCAGUUUAAGUGUGUAUAAGAACAGAUAGAAAAGGCACUUUAUCUUCUUUGAGUUUUGGCAGUGAAUUGUAUCUGACACAGUUUUCUCCCUUCCUUCACCUGAAAUAGAAGUAGUGGUGUUUUACAGUCCAGCCUAAGCAACAAAACAGAUAAAUGCAAGAACCUGGACCACCUGAACUUAGAGCAGAAAUGAAAGAUAAAAUUGACAACUGCUUCUUGAUAUUGAGAUGCAGAGUUUAAGCCAGGUACUUAAUGUCAUAACUGGUAAUGUGUAAAAAACUCCAGAGUAGUUUUCUUUUUCAGGUUUCUGUCAUGGUCAAGACUUGAUUUGUGAUACCUUUGGUUAUUGUGCAGAGUACCAUGGAAAGUAGAACUUCAGAGUAAUGCAUUAGCAGUUGUCCUUUCGCUGGCAUCAAAUCUACUGUCAGGUGUAAAAACAAACACCCUUGUUCAGUAAAACAGCAAUGAAAAUAUUAUGGGUUUGAAACAAGGGCAAUAUGAUUUGAUAAUUUUAUGAUAGCCAAACUUAGUACUGGAUUUGUUUUGUUUGGGUUUUUGUUUUGUUUUUCCAAGAGGAGUGUAGCUCCAAGUACUGUUGCACUCCCUCUUUAAGACUGCUUAACCUCUGAAGAAGGAAAGCUGUGUUGAUGGACAAUUUCUGGAAGUUUCUUCCUUUUGCACUUUCUUGGAUGAAGCUUUUCUCUUUUAUUUCCUUGAAUACCACUGCUAGAGUGUGUUGCUAUGUACAGCUUUGGUUUAGAAUUUUACCUUUUUAGCCAUUGUUGAUGUAUAUGGACCAUAGAAUAUAGGCUGUCUUUUGAUACUGGUUCUGUUAUUCUUGUGUUGAUGGCACUUACUACCUUCUGGAAUAAGAAGAAAAAUACUUUGCCUGAGAGAAGUACAGUAUUGUACUGAAGAUCAGUGACAAAGAACACUUCAGUUCAUGCAGUAAAUAACCAACUCCUACUAGAGGACUGCUGCAAAUCGUUAAAAAUGUGACAAUCUCUGUGACUCCUGAAUGACUGCUUUGAACUCUUUGUGCUGGUGCCAAUACUUUAUAAACCAUGUCAUAAAAUAGCUACAGAACAUUUAUAUGAUUUUACUGAAAGACAUAGUUCUUCAGAUUUUUAAAUUUUGCUAAAUCUCUGGGGAAUUCCAGAUCCAAAGAAGGGCAUGCACAGUUGGCUUUUUGAUUUUUUUCCUCCACAGAGAUGGCACUAUGGGAUUUCCAACUAGUUUAUGCCAUUCCAUUUUUUUUCUUCUUUAGAAAUCUAGGCAUUGUCAGAGAACUUUAUAUUGAUUUACUUUUUUUUCCACACUGAAAGAUGUCAGCUUUGGUAUGAUUCUCUGUGAGACCUCAUUUCUCUCAAUCAUGUUUGGGUUCAUUUAUUUUUCUCUGAAAUUUUAACUUUUUUUAGUCUGUAUUUUUCAUUUGUAACUGAGUAUUAAACAUUAUUCUAGUUACAGGAGAACACAGGUACAGAUAAUGGGAGUUUACAAAGAAAAGAAUUUCAAAACAAAUGUUUUUGUUGCAAAAUUUCACUUCUCAGGGGUCGUUCUGUGUUUAUCUCCUUUUUUUUUCUAUAGAGAUCAGUUUUGUUUGUUUUUCACUGUAAAUAGAAUGGGAUGUGGAUGAAGUGAUAGCCAUUGUGCCUUCAAACUGGUAAAUUUGGUAGAUAAUACAGUUUAACUCAUCAGUGAAUCAAAUACAUGUUUUUGUAAUCA